AUGGCCACCAGCUACUUGGUUGGCUACGGUUCAAGAUACCCUCAGAGGGUGCAUCACAGAGGACCAUCCAUGGAGUCUUACAGGAAUAGCAAGGGAUUUAGAGGAUGCAUCCAAGGCUGCAAUAGCUGGUGUGGACGCCAGGAAUCGAAUCCUAAUGUUCUGCUGGGAGCAUUAGCAGGUGUGCCAGAUAAUAGGGACCAAUUUAGAGAUGGAAGGGAAAAUUAUAAGCAGACAGAAGCCUGCACUUAUAAUACUGCACCUCUUGACAUUACAGCUUUAACACAAGCUCAGCUACAAAUGAAACUUCUGUUUAUCAAAAGAUCUGAAUCACAAUCAGUGCCUUGGGAAAUUUCAGACAAUAACUGUGCUAGGUACCUACAGAACAGAGAUCAUAACCUUCAAAUGCGUGCUUCUGUGUCUGAGUAG